AUAUUUUUUUUUAUUUCCCAUUCAUUUUCGAAACAUUAGUGCGAUAAGUAAUAAGUUUUAAUUUCUUUUGCUAAAAAUUUGUUUCUGAUCUUGAAAAAAAAAUGGAAUUUGUGCAAGAAUUCUUGGAUAAUGCUAAAUUUUUUGGCCAAAAUGAAUCAAUUCGACGAUUGAAAACAUGGAUUAAACGACAUUUUGAUGAUUAUAUUGAAUUGAUCGAUUUUUUCGAAUUAAAUCAUCCGAAAGAUUGUUCAGACAAUGACCAAUUGAUUUAUUUUGGUGUUCAAUUUAAAAAUCCUUAUCUGGCUGCUCGUGUUGUUGGCCGAAAUGGUACUGUAAUUCGUAGAAUUCGAGAAAUGACCGGAACUGAAAUCAUUUCACCACAAAAUCAUUUGAAUAAAUGGAUGACAAAUAAUUUUCGUCGCCCAUCACAAUGUACAAUUGCUACCGGAAUCUAUUUUCUACAACGAUUUCGUGAUCUGAUUUCACCAAAUCCUGAUGAAAUUUGUUAUCGAUUACCAGUGCGAUCAGAUUUAGUUCCAUCGAUUCUUGCAAACAAUGCAAUGAAAAUUAUUCGGAUUCAAUGGUCUACAGAUGUACGUAUUGUAUCACCAAAACCUUAUUGUAUUCCUAAAUUUGCUUUGGAUCAUUCAUCACAUUAUUAUUUAUUGGAUAUUCCUUAUAUUCAUUCCAAAGAAUUGGUCAAAAAAUUGGAUGGUCAAAUGAAAUCAUUUGCUGCAGCAGCAUCAAAAAUAAUCUCAUCACCAAUCACUUUUGGCCUAACAUCAACCUUCUAUACAUACAAAUCGAAUGAUACAAUAUCAAAUAUUGGAUUAUUGGAUAAUCCUGAUAAUUAUGAUAUUGAAUUUGUUAUCGAUGACAAACGUAUAUUGGCUUCGAAAUGUUACCUGCGAAUGGUAUCAAAAUAUUAUAGUCGAAUGUUUUCGGGUGAUUGGCAAGAAAAUAAUAGGGUAGUCGUCAAAGAUUAUAGUUACGAUGUAUAUAUUUCGUAUCUACGGAUGUUACAUACUGGUCGUAUUCGAAUCAAUCAAUCCAAUAUAGCUGAACUUAUUGAUUUGGCCAAUUGUUAUGGUGAUGAACAAUUAAUGAAACAUUGUCGAACAUUCAUACAAACGGACCUGAAUGAACAAACAUUAUCCAUUUAUUUUCCUUUGAUUGAUAAAUAUGAACUUGAUGAAAUGCAUGACAAACUUGUCCAACUAACCAUCGAAGAUGUUUGGCCAAAAAUCCGAAAUAAUAUUUUGGAA